CGCUGAGGGGGGAAAGAAGGAGCCGAAGAAAGAUUGUGGGACCGAGGGCGGACGGGCGGGAGGCAGCGGAGCUACCAGCGGCUACGCUGUGCUAUAUGAAAUAUGGGAGACGACAGACCGUUUGUGUGCAAUGCCCCAGGCUGUGGACAGAGAUUUACAAACGAGGACCACCUGGCAGUUCAUAAACACAAGCAUGAGAUGACAUUGAAAUUUGGCCCAGCCCGAACUGACUCAGUCAUCAUUGCAGAUCAAACUCCUACUCCGACUAGAUUCCUAAAGAACUGUGAGGAGGUGGGGCUCUUCAAUGAACUAGCUAGCUCCUUUGAACAUGAAUUCAAGAAAGCUUCAGAUGAUGAUGAGAAAAAGGCUGCUGCUGGGCCCCUUGACAUGUCUCUACCUUCCACACCAGAUAUCAAAAUCAAAGAAGAAGAGCCAGUAGAGGUAGACUCAUCCCCACCUGACAGCCCUGCCUCUAGUCCCUGUUCUCCGCCACUCAAGGAGAAGGAGGUUGCCUCAAAGCCUGUUGUGAUCUCUACCCCAACGCCCACCAUCGUACGCCCUGGCUCCCUGCCUCUCCACUUGGGCUAUGAUCCUCUUCACCCAACCCUUCCCUCGCCAACCUCUGUCAUCACACAGGCUCCACCAUCCAACAGGCAACUGGGGUCUCCCACUGGCUCCCUCCCUCUCGUCAUGCAUCUUGCUAAUGGACAGACCAUGCCUGUGCUGCCAGGGCCUCCGGUACAGAUGCCUUCUGUUAUAUCGCUGGCCAGACCUGUGUCCAUGGUACCCAACAUUCCUGGUAUCCCUGGCCCACCAGUUAACAGCAGUGGUUCUGUUUCUCCUUCUGGUCACCCCAUGCAAUCAGAAGCCAAGAUGAGACUAAAAGCCACUCUAACCCAUCAAGUCUCCUCCAUCAAUGGUGGUUGUGGAAUGGUGGUGGGUACUGCCAGCACCAUGGUGACAGCCCGUCCAGAGCAAAGCCAGAUCCUCAUCCAGCACCCUGAUGCCCCAUCGCCUGCACAGCCACAGGUCUCACCAGCCCAGCCCACCCCUAGUACCGGGGGGAGACGGCGGCGCACUGUGGAUGAAGAUCCAGAUGAACGGCGUCAGCGCUUUCUGGAGCGCAACCGAGCUGCAGCCUCCCGUUGCCGCCAGAAGCGGAAGCUGUGGGUGUCGUCCCUAGAGAAGAAAGCAGAAGAACUCACUUCCCAGAACAUUCAGCUGAGUAAUGAAGUCACAUUACUACGCAAUGAAGUGGCUCAGUUGAAACAGCUGCUGUUAGCUCAUAAAGACUGCCCAGUCACUGCACUACAGAAAAAGACCCAAGGCUAUCUAGAAAGUCCCAAGGAAAGCUCAGAGCCGACGGGUUCGCCAGCCCCUGUGAUUCAGCACAGCUCAGCAACAGCCCCUAGCAAUGGCCUCAGUGUUCGCUCUGCUGCUGAAGCUGUGGCCACCUCGGUCCUCACUCAGAUGGCCAGCCAAAGGACAGAACUGAGCAUGCCGAUACAGUCGCAUGUGAUCAUGACCCCACAGUCCCAGUCUGCGGGCAGAUGAUGCCUUCCCUGGUGGAGAGGUCCCCAGUCAGAGCUCGCCCGCCCAAGAGCCAAGAGAGAUGUCAUCUUACCCCUUCCAUCUGCCUUGGACAUGAGAAUAUGGAGGGAAAUUGUGUGUUGUGAGUAAUGGACAGAUGUGGGGCUUUUUUCUUCAGCGACACGGUCAUGUCCGUUUGACACCUGUACUAGGGGCCACCCUGCCCCAGAGCCACAUAGAUUAUCCCCCAAGUGUGGGGUUUCUGAUGUACCCACAGCCAAAGGCCUUUCCAAAUGGUCCGAACAAUCAGCCCUGCCCCAUGCACGUGUACCCUCUUUUAACACUAACCCUUGCACUUCUGGGUUUGGGGUUUCUCAGUUCCCUCUCUUCCCACUAAGCUAUGGCUAUUACCUUCUUGUUUCUUACCAGCAUGCCACUUCCUGCUAGAUAGAGGGAAGCUAGAUUUGAUGGCAUAUCACCCACUGACUCAUCCCUAGCCAUUCUGUGGACUCAGUACUUUCUCUCCCUGUAGCUGCUUAUUUAUCCCUCUUUUCCCUUCUUAAAUUCUAAUUUAAACAUUGACUUAUGGAGAAUCUAAGGUUACGUUUGAUGUAUGAAAUAGCAGUAUUUUCCUGCUCUUAUAUAAACAUUAGUCCUUCUCCUCACCUACCACCAGGCAAACAAAAUGCAAGAGUUCCAAUGUAGUCCCUUUUUCAUCUAUUUCCAGAGCUAUUUGGGUACUUCAUUUUGUUUUUUAACUUACCUAAUCUAGUGGUGGGACCUCUCCCACCUCCCCACUAAGCCUUGACAACCUCCUCUUGUGGCCUUAUUAGAUAUUACUUGGUAAUGGAAAGGGAAAGAGCCCUAAAUGUGAGUGGCUGAUUCUGGCCCCUGUCCACUUUCAGUUCUGAUCAGGCCAGACAGGAACAGUGUAGUUGAAGUUCCAUCAGGUUACCAGAUUAAUUGAUGAUUUUAUGUUUUAUGAGAGUUUAC